CAAAGACAUUGUGUGUUAUCGAUCACGUAUACUGAGAAAACAAAUUGAUCAUAGGUUAGGGAAUCUAACCUUUCUUGAUCAAAAACACCCAAAGACUAUGAGUCGCUGACCUGCAAGCUUAGAAUCGCACCAUAUUAAAGCCUAGAAGGAUUUUUUACUUGUGAUCUUAAAGCAUUUGCUGGGGUCACGAAGUUACUGGACCAGAUUGUCUUCUUCCAACCCCAAUGCAGAACCUCGAUCGCUCUUUCGCUUUCUGGACAUAUUUUCAGGCCGAAAAAAGUUGCGAGUUUAUUUCGACGACUAUGGAAAGCACUUGGGAUGAGUUCUACUUCAAGCGUUCUUUUGUAGGCGUCCUAGAAAAGUUCAUUGAAACAGUAGAAAAGAUGGAAUCCACGGUGCUAAUUCCAAGCAGGCUGAUUGGAAUAUCAUUAGCUGAAAUUCUGCCAAAACCGAACAUCGAUGGCUACCUGAAGGAAAGCAUGGAUAUGCGAGUUUUAUUUGACUUCAUGAAGGCUGUGAAAACACAAGUUUAUCAAGGAAGCAGUUACGUUUUGGAGAAUGGUGAGCGAAAUUCGCCGUUGCAGUUCAAGCUGAAAGAGGCAACCAGGCGAGUAAAUCAGCUCAUAGUGGUCGCAAAAUACRUCACUUUGUUUGCUCAGAACAUUGCUUUUCAAUCCAAGACGUUAUGCUACAAAGAAUUCGAGAAUAAUGUAAGGUUUUCCAAAGAAACAACCCUUCUGGGAGCCUUGAAGAAAUUCCUGCUUGAAGUCGAAGAGAUGGAGAAAGCUGUUCUUUUCCCAUGCCUUUUGAAAGAUCAUGGCACUGUUGGUGACUUGCCAAAAUAUUUCGAUUCUUCGUCUCCUAUGGAUAACCUCCAUGAUAUUUUCAUCCAGCUCAAGCUCCUGAAAAACGGAAUUCUUUCUGGGACUCAGCAAAAAGAACUCGCUAAUCGAAAAGUACAAGAAAUUCUCACCGAAUUGUAUCAAACUUUCAAUCUUUACAUCAAAUUCACUUCCAGCCUUAUAAACAAAUACAAGCAAGAGGUCCAGUGCUUUUAAAGGAAGAUUUUGUAACUAAGCAUUAGAAUGACAGGCCUAGUUAGAACAGCUAGCUCAUUAUUUUUCAAAUUCAUAACAUAAACAUCUAGGUUAGAGUAUACCAAUUCGAUUGUAUAAUAAUUUUUUUCAGUUACAAUACGAAUAUUAUUUAUUGUAGACUCUUAGAAGCUAUUUUGCACUCACUCCUGUAGAGUAAAAUACUUUAUUUCUAUGCUAAUAUUUUUGAUAAUAGCUUAAAAUUAACUCAAAUAAAUAAAAAGUUUAUAACAAAACAGUAAAAUGUUUUGACAAAUGAAUUGUGACUUCAUAUCACCCCUGUGUAGACUAUUGCCCAACAUACAACUAAUCGUGCGUGCAUCGCAUUUCGCAAGCGAAUUUUCUAGAAAAUAAAGACGAACUUUCUAAAAA